AGUCAAAAAAAGUUUUUAAACGGCGAAGCGGGCGGUUCAGUUGCAAAAAAUUAUCCUAAUUACCGAAUUCUACACAAAAUAAUCAUGGAAAGAUGUAGAUCGUCUCAUGUGCACCACCACAAUAAAGAUUGGCACUGGACAUCCUGUACACUAUGUCGCGCCAACAAACAGGGAGAGGACGUUUACCGAAGAGCCUGUCAGCGAAAAAUCGAAUGGCCAAAACCGAAAUUGUUUGGGAAGAAUCCAGUCAAGGACCAAUUGACCUACACCAGUAUUGAUGAUGCUUUCUCUUCCAUGCUACAUUAUAUGUCAAUAGCCUCCAGACAAUGCAAUAGAUUUUACAAGGGUUGUCCAGAAUCUCACUUAGACUGCAAAGACAAGUACCACUGUAACCGCUUCCAUACACCACAAUACACAGAGGUCCAACACAAAAACCCACUCGAGAUGUCAGAAGAUGUACAUGUGGUCGUCCAUCCAGGAACGUACGCAGUCACAGCCGGGACGUGGGGAAAAACUCAACAACAAACACACGUUGUCCAUGUAAAGCACGGGCAAAGCGCAAAUAUAGAUUUUGUUGUCUGACGAUAAAUUGUCAUAAUUACGCUCACAGAUUUCUGUUUCUCUCGUGAGUGUUAUUUUAUAGCAUGUGUGGUGACUUAUUUUCAUUCUUGAUAAUUGCAUAAUAUUUCGUGGCAUCAAGAAAAUUUUGAAUAUUCUCCACAUUGUUAUCAAAGAACUGUGUGGAUAAUGAAUAAUUAUUGGUUCGAUUAUGUAGAUUAGUUAGUAAUGCAUGAUCAAAUUUGUGUGCAAAAAUAUUUCAAGGUUUGAAUGGGGCCCGGUUGACGUUGUUGGUAAGUGAUCAUGAUAGUGAUGACCGUGAGUGUGUGGAUGCAAGUCAAAGUUGUAUUGAAUGUUCAAUUGAGUAUCAUGUUCGAAUUGAAAAUCAAGUUUGCUCAAACCUUUCAAUAGACUGAUGAUUUGGAUUGUAUAUUAUUGACCCAUGACUGGAAUGAAUUAGACAUUUAAUUGCUUUAUAAUGUACCGGUAUAAAA